GUUCUCAUCCUCUUCUAAUAUUGUAUUCAGUGUAACCCAAUUUGGCAGAAGAUACCUAUAACAGAUUCCAUUAACAAGGUAGUUAACAAGCUUGAACCUUGAAGGUCAUUCCCAAAAACACAAUUAUUUCCACAGUGAAGGAGUAUGGGUGUGGACUACUAUAAAAUUUUGCAGGUCGACAAGAAUGCCACGGAUGAAGAUUUGAAGAAAGCUUACAGAAAGCUUGCAAUGAAAUGGCACCCUGACAAGAAUGCAACUAAUAAGAAAGAGGCUGAGACUAAGUUCAAGCAGAUAUCUGAAGCCUACGAGGUUUUGAGUGAUCCCCAGAAAAGAGCAAUUUAUGAUCAGUACGGAGAAGAAGGGCUUAAAGGGCAAGUACCACCUCCAGAUGCUGGUGGCACAACUUUCUUCCAAACUGGGGAUGGUCCAACAACAUUCAGGUUCAAUCCAAGAAACGCAAAUGACAUUUUUUCUGAGUUUUUCGGGUUUUCAAGCCCAAGCUCAUUUGGUGGCGGUGGUGGUGGUGGCAUGAGGGGUGGUUCCUUCGGUGGAGUUUUUGGCAAUGGUAUGUUUGGUCCAUUUGCAGAAGGAGGGCCAAUGAAUCAGGGUCCACGCAAGGCACCUCCUAUAGAGAAGAGGUUACCUUGCACCCUUGAAGAGCUCUAUAAGGGCACUACCAAAAAAAUGAAGAUCUCAAGGGAGAUUGCUGAUGCAAGUGGGAAAACUUUACCUGUGGAGGAGAUAUUGACCUUGGAAAUUAAAGCAGGGUGGAAGAAGGGAACAAAGAUCACAUUCACAGAGAAAGGGAAUGAGCUUCCAAAUAUGAUUGCUUCUGAUCUUGUGUUUGUUAUUGAUGAGAAACCUCACCCAGUCUUUACUAGAGAUGGUAACGAUUUGGUUGUGACACAAAAAGUGUCACUUGCAGAAGCUCUUACAGGUUACACUGUUCAUCUUACAACACUGGAUGGAAGGGCUCUAAACAUUACCAUUAACAAUGUUAUUCAUCCAAACUAUGAAGAGGUUGUCCCAAAGGAAGGGAUGCCAAUUUCAAAAGAUCCUUCAAAGAAGGGUAAUCUUAGAAUCAAAUUCAACAUCAAAUUCCCGGCAAAGUUGACAUCAGAGCAAAAGGCAGGAAUCAAGAAGCUGCUGUCAUAUUGAACCGCAUCUUUUGUGUGCAGUUUUCCUAUCUGAUGUCAUUCUUAAUUAGAUGGUUUUGUUUUUGUGUAGUUUGUGUGUAAUAUCUUGUGGAAAGUUUAUUAUGAAAAGGAGUCUAGCAAUAAGAAGGAUGAUACUACAAGUGAUAUGUUCAAGGUUAAACUGGCCAUGAUAUGCAAAAUCUGACAUUACCAGUUUUGGAUUCA